GGAUCACGACUUAAACACGACGAUUUCCUUGUCUGGUCAAAGGACAUUUGACAUUGACGGCAAUCGUGCCUUCGACAUGAAUCAAUCGACUCAGGCUCUUCAGAAGAGGCUGAGCGAAGCCAUCGCUGAGCAUGGAAAGAAACAAGAGGAGCUCAAUGAAAUCCUAGAAUUCCUUGAGACUAUCGAUAAUGCGGACUUGGAUCAGAUGUCGGGGAGCGCAUCAAGCGCAAGAAACAGAAGGAGGAAAGCCAAGACCCAAACAGUAAGGGACGAAAAAGACAGGUACGAAAAGAAACGGGAUGAUUUGGAAGUAGCCAUGGCACGAAUGUUGGAGAAGAUAUACGAAAUCAAGGAAGCCUUAAACUCCGAGGCGCAUUGAGGGUAAAUAUUCACUGGAAUUUUGCCUUCAAUGCCUCUGAUCUCGCAAGCAGACUAUCAACUUCUGUGAUGU